ACUGUGGUGAGCUUAUUCUCUGAUGCUCUUUCAUUGAUCUUCUCAUGGAUUGAAAAUGCAGUUGCAUCCCUCUGUGAAGAGUUACGUGGAAGAGAAGUUAGGUAAGGCAGUGCAAAAGCAUAGCCAUUUAGUGAGGGAAGUCGAUGUCAGGUUGUCCAUCCGUGGUGGAGAGGUAGGGAAAGGCCCAAAAGUGCGAAGGUGUGAGGUUACUUUGUUCACCAAGAAACAUGGAGUGGUUCGAGCAGAAGAAGAUGCUGAGUGGCUCUAUGGGAGCAUAGAUUUGGUUUCUUCCAUUAUCCAGAGAAAGUUGAGGAAGAUUAAGGAGAAAAACUCGGACCAUGGUCGCCAUAUGAAGGGCUUCGACAGGCUCAAGGUUAGGUAUCCCGGUGCACUCUUGGUUGCUGAGGAUAUUGAGGCUGUACCCGAUGAAGCAGAUGAGGCUGAUGCAGUGGAAAUUCAGGAUGAAGGAGUUGAAGAGGAAGAAAUCGUCAUUAAUGAGGUUGUCAUUCCUCAUCUCCUUCUUCCUUUUAAUGUUUUUUUUUCACUUUCUUGUGUGCCUUGUGUGCUUUUCUGUGCAUUAGAUUCGUGUUAACUUAGCAAUCUCCCGAUAUAUACACUUUUGUUUGCAUAUUGUUCGCACAAAGUACUUCGAUAUGCCCCCUCUGACUGUUAGUGAGGCAGUCGAGCAGCUGGAAAACCUCGAUCAUGACUUAUAUGGCUUUCGCAACGAAGAAACUGGUAAGCUGACUUCACGUCUUUUCAUCUUUAUAUAUGACAGGGCUCCUCACAGACGCUUACGCUAGAGAGUGUCAUGUUGCAGGUGAGAUCAACGGUCUACAAACGGAGAGCCGGGGGAUACGGUCUCAUCAUCCCUAAACAAAACGGUGAAACAGGGAAACUGGAGCCUGUGGUCGUUGAGUCGACAUCGAGCUGAUUCCUG